AUGGACUCAUCCGAUGACGAUGACGAAUUUGACGAUGAAUUGGAAGAAUUCCUGUCAAAUAAACAACCAGAAGCUGAAGAAGACGAUUUCUGGCAAGACUUAAAUGACUUCGUAGCUGAAAAUGAAGACACAUCAAACGACACUAAGCUGAAGGCAUACCUUUCCGAUGCAUUCAAGUUGAUACCGAAUGGCAUAUUUAAGAACGUGGAGGUCAGACGAGAAAAGAUAAAAAGAGAGAUGGCCCCAAAAUACAAACACUUGGCCAAAUUGGAAAAAUCAGCAGACACACUGUUUGGGGAUAAACUGUCAGACAACAUCAAGGCCGUUGACAACACGAAGAUUGUCGUGGCACAGCCACAAACAUCCAACAUGCGGCCGACACCUGUUGCCUCGGGUGCUGCAGAAAAUAGCUCAAGACGCCGCCGAAGCGGUGCUCGUGUGUCCAAUAUGACCGACUCAACCAUGGUGGCCAAGCCUGAGGAGAUCAGAGCUAGAGAGGAGGAGGAGAGGGAGAGGGGAGAGGAGAGGAGGAAGGAGAGAAAAAAGGAGAGGAGAGAGGAGAGGAGAGAGGAGAGAGGAGAAGAUCUCUCGAGGAGAGUGAGGAGAGGAGGAGGGGAGAGGAGAGGAGGAGGAGAGGAAAAGGGGGGAGGGGAGAGAGGAGAGGAGGGAGAAGGGGAGAGAAAAGAGGGAGAAAAAGAGGAGAGGAGAGAGGGAGGAGGAGGAGAGGGGGAGAGAGAAGAGGAGAGAAGAGGAGAGAAGAGAGGGAGAAGAGAUGAGAGAGGAGGAGGAAGGAUGAGGAGAGGAGAGAGGAGGGGAGAGGAUGAGAGGAAUCUGACCGAGUACUGA